CCUUCCUUCUUCUUUAUCAUCAUAACAAAUAAACUUCUUCAUUCAUUGUGUAAAAUUCAAUAAGUUCAGAAAUGUUUUUGCAUUAUUUUGGAAUUUUAUUUAUUUUAUUUAAUUCUGUGCUUUCAAAUACUCUUCAUUAUCAGCCACAGGCUGUGCAUUUGUCGCUUGGAGAUGACUCAACACAAAUUAUUGUAACAUGGAGUACACUUGAUGAUCCAGGAGAGUCAGUUGUCGAGUAUGGAGUCAAUGGCUUUGCACUCACAGCAACCGGUGAAAGAAGUAAAUUUGUUGAUGGUGGAAAAGAGAAGCAUUCGCAAUACAUUCACAAAGUAAUUUUAACGGAAUUGUUGCCUGAUUCUAAAUAUCUUUAUCAUUGUGGAAGUGCACAAGGCUGGUCACCGGUAUUUUAUUUCAAAACAUUCCCCGAAGGAAGUGAUUGGCAGCCUAGAAUAGCUCUUUAUGGUGAUAUGGGUAAUGAAAAUAUUCAGUCAUUACCAAGGCUACAAGAGGAGACUCAACGUGGAUUUUAUGACGCAAUAAUUCAUGUUGGUGACUUUGCAUAUGACAUGCACGAUGACAAUGCAAGAGUUGGUGACGAGUUUAUGAAUCAAAUUGAAAGUAUUGCUGCUUAUGUUCCUUAUUUGACAUGUCCUGGUAAUCAUGAGGAAGCAUACAAUUUCUCGAAUUAUCGCGCUCGAUUCAACAUGCCUGGAGAAGGUGACAGUCUGUACUACUCAUUUAACCUGGGUCCUGUACAUUUUAUUGGGAUCUCAACUGAAGUUUACUAUUUUAUGAAUUAUGGACUGAAAACUCUAGUCAAUCAAUAUCAAUGGAUUGAAAAAGAUUUGAUAGAAGCAACUAAGCCUGAAAAUAGAAAACUUCGUCCUUGGAUUGUCGUCUUUGGUCAUCGUCCCAUGUACUGCUCAAAUAACAACGGCAAUGACUGCACACAUUCACAAACUCUCAUUCGAGUGGGUUUGCCAUUCACAGGAUUCUUUGCACUUGAACCUUUGUUCUAUAAAUAUGGAGUUGAUGUUGAAGUCUGGGCUCAUGAGCAUAGCUAUGAAAGAUUAUGGCCAAUUUAUGACUAUAAAGUCUAUAAUGGAUCGAGGGAUGAACCAUAUAAAAAUCCAGGUGCACCAGUUCAUAUUGUUACUGGAUCUGCAGGAUGUAAAGAGGGACGUGAGCCGUUCCCAGAAAACCUGCCAGAAUGGAGUGCCUUUCAUUCGCAGGAUUAUGGAUACACUCAAAUGUAUGUCCAUAAUCACAGUCACAUCCAGUUCAAGCAAAUUUCAAUGGACAAAGCUGGAGAAGUUGUAGACGAUUUUUUUAUCACUAAGGACAGCCAUGGAGAAUAUGAAAAAUCCAAAGAAAUAGACUAGAUCUGUAAAAUUAUUAGAGAAUAUUGACUAAGAACUAAUAACACAAUUUUAACUUUUUUGCACGAAUCUUGCAUUUGUUUAAGGCUAUAAUAUCAAAUUUUAAUAAAUAUUAAUUUCAUAAUUUCAUUUGAAUGUCUAGCAGCUCAACAGUAGAGCUUAAUUUUAUGUCAAAAUAGAACGUUCCUCGUAAUCUUGUGAUAAUUUGACAAUUCCACUUUUUUUUUGUUUUAAUGAAUGAUAAAAUAAAAGAUAAAAGUAUAA